GCCGGGUCCGGGGCGAGGCGGCGGGGCCGCGGGGUCGGGCGCGGCCGGCGGGGCGGGCCCCUCGGAGCGGCCGCGGAAACGCGACACCGCGCCGGGGAGGGGCUUCCCGGCCGGCCCGGCCUUAUAAACUGCGGCCCCGCGGCGCCCGCCGCAGCACCCCGUCGCCUCGACCCGGACCACCCUGUGAGGAAGCCUCUCCAGCAGGUCCCAAUGGCAGCAGAGCUGACGGAGCUGGAGCUCGCCAUUGAGACGGUGGUCAACACCUUCGUCACCUUCGCUCGGCAGGAGGGCCGCAAGGGCAGCCUCAGCAUCAACGAGUUCAGGGAGCUGGUCACUCAGCAGUUGCCACACAUGCUCAAGGAUGUGGGCUCCUUGGAGGAGAAGAUGAAGAGCUUGGAUGUGAACCAGGACUCGGAGCUCAAGUUCCAUGAGUACUGGAAGCUGAUUGGGGAGUUGGCCAAGGAGUACCGGAAGGAGAUCCGGAAGAAGUAAAGCCGAAGACAGGGAUGGGUGGGGACAGGUGGAACCCCACAGCCCCUCAAUAAAGUGUUCUCUCUGA